AUGUUUCAAAUCACAGCAGUAGCAAUAUUACCAUCUAAUUGGGAGAAAAGAUUUUUAUUAAAAUUAAAACAUUAAAAGUUUCAUUCUUACAUGUAAUUCACUUUUGUGUUAAUAUAUGACCCACUCUGUUUUGGUGCUGCUAAGAGUUUUGUUUCUUAAGAAACUGUUCAGAUACAUGCAUACCAUGGUGUGAGGAUGAGGGUCAGAGGACAACUUGCAGGAGUCUCACUAUGUGGGUCUCAGGAUAGAGCUCAGGUUGUCAUGCUUGGUGGUAGGCAUCUUACCCCUAGCCAUUUCACUGGCCCUAUUAGACUGAAUUACAGUUGAUGCGUAAGGGAAAGGGGAAAUGAUUUUAACUGUAAGACGCCAGUUUGGGUGUUUUUGUUUUGUUUGUUGUUUGUUUUUUUAAUAACUGAGAAGAAAAGCUGAGAAACUGUGCUUGCACUUGGCAUGUAUAUGAGAGAACAAAUCCUCAAGAGGGCUGGUUCCAUUAUAGAAAUCAAUUCUGUUGACAAAUACAAUUCUAGAAGAGUUCUAGAACUUAGCUGAAUGGGUCGUCAUCAUAAGAGAGGAAAACUGAUUCCAUAGCAGCAUCGGCUCACCUAAUAAGCUCUUGCUCUAGAGACUUUCUCAUGGGGAACAUAACCAAGAGGGGAAGCAGAGACCUGGUGGCUGACAAUGCCAUACUGCUGGAGGACAGCUUAGUUGCUGCACUGCACUCUAGACUUUAUGAGGCCAUAAUCAAGGAAGACUGUAACACAAUCAAGACACUCCUCAGAGACUACCCUGUCAACCAGCCCUUGACCAUCGUGGCCAAACCUACCACCUACAGAAGACUUCUGAGCCAGCAGCAGACUUACACUAUACUCCCCAUCCACCUGGCCGCUGAAUACUGCAAGCCACAAAGUUUGCUUUGCCUGUUACAACAUGGGGCUGACCCAGAAGUAAGGGAUGAUCAAGGCUUUACCACUCUUCACCAAAUGCUGCUAAACUGGCCAAUCACUUCUGCCUCGUGGGCCAAACCGAACACUCAGAUCCAAAAGAUCCUGGCAGACAUUCAGAACAAUGCCGUCAAGUGUCUGAGUAUUUUGUGUGAACAUGGAGCUCAAGUUAAUGCCCCGGUAGGCAACAGAAAAAAACAUUCACCCCUCCACCUGGCCAUAACCUACGGGACCUAUCCAAUUCUCUCCCUUUUGGCCCAAAAUGGUGCCCAGGUCAAUGCUAUUAACAAAGCCAACAUGACACCCCUCCACAUGGCUGCAGAAAAACUGGACAAAAACAUGGUGGAGACACUUAUUGCCUGUGGGGCCGAUGUGAACUUCGCCAUCUCAUCUACUGGAAGCACAGCUCUAAAGCUAGCAGUGUGCACAGCAUCAAGCAAAGCUGGCCAACUGCUGGCAGCAGGGGUGGACUGUAUCCGUCUGCUGCUAAAUCAUGGAGCCCAAGUCAAUGCCCAAGACCACCAGGGACAAACAGCUCUGCACAAGGCAUGUUUUGGAGGCAGGGAGGUAAUAAUCAAUCUCUUGCUGGAAUUUGAAGCAAAUGCUAACAUUUUAACAAGAAAUGGGGAAUCGCCAAUUUAUAUGUACCUUCAGCGCAGGUCCAAUAUCAGAGAUGAAAUGCUUCUGGCUAGGCUACUUUAUCAUACCUACCCUUUAAGGCUGAGCAAUAAGCAAGGGAUUCUACCUGCAGGAAUCAUGCAACCAGAAUUCCAGUUCUUAAGGGAAACUCUAAUAAAUUUAACGAAAAAACCUUUAUCCUUAGAGGACAUCUGUAAGAGAAACAUCAGAAAUGUUUUCGGUGAGAAGUACAAAUUCUACCUGAAGCAACAUCUCCCUGGGAAGCUAUGGAACUCCAUAUACACCUUUUAUGAUUUCGACUACCUCAUGAAAUGAGAACCUCAGCAACUCAAACUGUGUUUUCUGGCUAGACAUGUCACUUGAACUUCAUUUUACAUUGCAAAAAAAUUAAAGUGACUUGCACAAAAUAA